AUAACUCACCACAUAAAACAGAUACCAAACACAAGCAAACUAGAGAGUCAGCCAAGUGAGAAAAGAAAAACAGAAAAAUGGAGAGUAAUUUCCCAGUUGUGGAUAUGGGGUUGCUUCAAACUGAGAAAAGGCCUGAAGCAAUGGACAAAAUCAAAGAUGCAUGUGAAAACUGGGGUUUCUUUGAGCUUGUGAAUCAUGGGAUUUCCCAUGAAUUGCUGGACACAGUAGAGAACUUUACUAAGGGGCAUUACAAGAAGUGCAUGGAACAAAGGUUUAAAGAAAUGGUGGCAAGUAAUGGACUUGAAGCUGUCCAAACUGAAAUUGAUGAUCUUGAUUGGGAGAGCACUUUCUUCUUGAAACAUCUUCCUGUUUCCAAUGUGUAUGAAGUUCCAGACCUGGAUGAUGAAUACAGGAAAGUUAUGAAAGAUUUUGCACUGAAGCUAGAGAAACUAGCUGAAAAUCUUUUGGAUUUGCUGUGUGAGAAUCUUGGACUAGAGGAAGGUUAUUUGAAAAAAGCAUUUUAUGGCUCAAAGGGUUCAACUUUUGGCACCAAAGUUAGCAACUAUCCUCCUUGUCCCAAGCCGGACUUGAUCAAAGGCCUUCGCGCUCACACUGAUGCUGGUGGCAUCAUCCUGCUUUUCCAAGAUGACAAAGUCAGUGGUCUCCAAUUGCUAAAAGAUGGCAGUUGGAUUGAUGUACCUCCUAUGAAACACUCUAUUGUCAUCAACCUCGGCGAUCAGCUUGAGGUGAUUACUAAUGGAAGAUACAAGAGUAUUGAGCACAGAGUGAUUGCUCAACAAGAUGGCACUAGGAUGUCAAUAGCUUCCUUUUAUAAUCCAGGAAGUGAUGCUGUCAUAUUUCCAGCACCAGAGUUGAUUGAGAAGACAGAAGAAGAGAACAAAUUGAAGUAUCCAAAAUUUGUGUUUGAAGAUUAUAUGAAGUUGUAUGCAAGUCUCAAAUUUCAGGCUAAGGAGCCUAGGUUUGAAGCAAUGAAGGCUGUGGAGACUACUGUCAACUUAGGUCCAAUAGAAACUGUUUGAUAAUGUUUUGAGGGGGGAAUUUGUUUAUGAAUUAAUAGGACACUAAUUAAGAGGAUUAAAGAAGUUUAGGUUUCUAAAGUUGUGUUGUCCUUUUAGUUAAUAAUUUACUAAGGCUUCUAAGUAACUUAUGUUACUUGAUGUGUCAUUGUCUCUUGUAUGGUAGUGAGCUGUUUGAGGUUGUUCUCUAUGGGGUAUAUUGUAAAGUUUCCUAUUUUACUUUAAUGAAAUCUAUGCUUGCAAAAAGAAAA